AGGCCACAAACUUGAACAUGAAAACAGCAGUAACAACUUUUUUUUGAAGAUUAACAAAAACAUGUAUUCUUUGUAUUAAAUGAAUGAAAAGGCAUAAUUUGAUAACUCACAAUAUUAAAAUAUUAUUUCUGUUUUUUUUCAGGCAUUAAACAAUGAUGAAGAUGAUGACGGGUUAGAUCAGUUUCUAGGUAUCUCAGGUUCAAGGUCACAAAAUGAUCAACAGUGGUCAGAAAUGGACAAAAAUGUUAUACAAUAUUGUUUAGGACUCAUAAAAUGUUCCAAAUCUUUGUUAAAAAAGACAAAAUCAGCUGUGAAAACUAACGGAAAUUGCGAGAGUGACGAGUGUAUCACAGUUAGACGACGUGGCGGAUCGGGUGGAGAGAUUAAGUCCGGUAGUGGACGAGUUUACCCGCCACUCAAUAGUUCUGUUGUACAUGAAAAGGCAUUAGAACUUGGAAGAGUAAAUAGAGAACUUCUUGACUUUUUAAGACAUAGUCAUGUGAUAGAGAAGAUGAUAAAAAGUGGCUGGACUUCCUAGUGAAAGCUAACUCACAUAACCUUACAAAACUUACAAGUUCAAUGCCCCCUUCUUAAAAAAAUGCGCGCGCAACUUUCUCUUACGGAUGUCUAAAUUCUCCAGGACCGUUUUUUCCCUUAUUUCUUUCUUAUUUUCCUUCUUGGCUGACCCAGAUAGGCACGUAAAUACAUCAGAUAGAGCGUACAAGUGACCUGCCAGAGCGAUCUCAUAACAAACAUCUCCUUCACGUCAAGAACAGCAUUUUUCUACAUUUUUCAACCACUUCCGGUUUGGCACCUACCUUGAACCAAGCUGUAACUUUUUUUAAUCUGAAUGUCAAUAUUGAAUAAUACUGCUUAGAAUUAUGAUAGAUCUACCUCAUAAGAUUGAUAUCAUCCAGAACCAAAAGAGCAUUGAUCUACAUCAGCUUAUCUUUUUGAUUUAGAGACUGUUUUUUAGAGAGUAUUUCUCUUACCUUGUACCUAGGGUAAUGUAAACAAACCUAUCUCGUACCCUGCAAAAAGCCAGCAGACGCAUGGUCGACAAUCAAGGGGAAUUAGAGCCAAUGUUGUAAGUUUUUAUCUACUACCAUCGACUGAUAUAUUAAAUAUAUUAUUAUCCCUACUUGAAUAAAAAGGUUGUACUAAAAUGAUAUAAACAAGACUGCAUAGACCACAUAAGUGACACAACUUGAAAUAACUCUUAGUACCUGAAAUGAAAAUAAUUGAAGGCCUACAACUACUUUGGUACACCUGCUUUGUACUUGCUGUUGUAUUAGGAUAUCUUCCACAGAAUCCUCAUGUAUCUGAUAGCAUUCAAGCUCUGCUCAACAUCAAAGCUGACUCCAAGACAUGCAGUGACAUUACAAAUUACCAGUCAACACACCUUCUACUGAGUAUCUGCAAACAGAAACCUACCAGUACCAGCAAUAAACCCUGCAACAAGAAGACCUUCCUGGUAUAUAUAACUCUUUUACUUCUUGCUAAUUCAAAUGA